AUUUUUGACGGUUUGAAUAUUUCAUUCUGGAUUUCAUUAAUCUUUUCAUCCUGCUGAAUACUUUAGUUUUUCAUCAGAUUUUGAUCUCGGUGUUGAGAUACUAAACGCGAAUUCCAUUCCAUCAGUAAAUAUUAGCUGUAGACGUUCACGGGAGGCUUGAGUUAAAAAUGCCGCAUCGAACUACUUACAUUUUUCCGAGGCAAUUUCCAGACCGCAACUUUGACCCCUCAAAGUUUGCAUUGGAUCACGAGAAGAAAAGCGAUGGAAAGUUUGAGACAUGUGAUCGUGAAGAGGUCGCUCUCAACCUCACAGGAAAAGAAAUUAAUCGAGAUUCAGAGUCUAAACAUUAUUGUAAAGAUAAUACUAGUGAUGUUUCUCACGGAUUCACGGUUGACAGGAUUCACAAAAAACAGUUGGCUGCCUUUUUGAACAGGCUGACCGAUAAUAAAAAGAAAGACAAAUCAUUCAAUCAAGUAAAUCCUGUGAAGAUCAGAUCAGAUGUUGGGGACUUCAUUGAAGAGGAAGAACGUGAGCCAUUUCUACCACUGCCACCGUCCGCUGUGGUGGUUCCCGAUGAGGUGGUUGAGUGUGAAUGCCAGGUGGGUAAAGACAGACGCCUGGAAUUGGAACGAAAGGUUUCGCUGCAGCAGUUGUCUAAUAACGGGAGCAAUUAUAGUAUUGGUGCUGAUCAUCAAGGGAAGGAGAGGGGAUUUGAGAGGCAGCAGUCACUGCAGAGAUUUUCUAGUGGAGUGAGCACGAGCUAUGCGGAAAGUUUGUUUUCUGAAACUACUUUGGAUGGGAAUUGGUCGAGUAUUACUACUGGGAUACUGAAGGAUCCAACCACAACAAACGAAGUAGAGGAGGCAAGAGGAGUUGAAAACGUUGGCAAUGGAUUAGCACAAAGGUAUAAAGAUGGCUAUUACUUGCAGCUCAGUCUUGCUAGAAGGCUUACUGAGCAGGCUACGCUUCUUGCUGAGCCUAUGUUAAUGCAGGAGUCUAAAAGUGCUGAGAAUCUUGUUAGUGGACCUGUUGAUGCAGAAACUGCCUCCUACGGACUCUGGGUCAGUGGUUGCUUGUCUUACACUGACAAGAUAUCAGAUGGGUUCUAUAACAUUUUGGGAAUGAAUCCAUAUAUGUGGUUGAUGUGCAAUGACUUGUAUGAAGGUAGAAGAAUGCCACCUCUAAUGGCGUUGAGAACAAUUGUACCUAAUGACUCCACGAUGGAGGUGGUUCUUGUUGAUCGUAGUGGGGAUUCACAACUUAGGGAGCUUGAGGAUAAAGCUCAGGAGCUAUAUUUUUCUGCUGAAAACACAUUAGUUUUGGCAGAGAAGCUUGGCAAACUUGUCGCUGUCUGCAUGGGGGGCUCUUUUCCGGUGGAGCAAGGUGACCUUAACGUUGGAUGGAAAUCGAUCAGCCAGAGAUUAAAGGAUUUCCAAAAAUGCAUUGUACUCCCAAUUGGUAGCCUGUCCAUGGGACUUUGCCGGCACCGUGCUAUUUUGUUCAAGAAACUAGCAGACUACGUUGGUCUGCCAUGCCGGAUUGCUCGAGGUUGCAAAUAUUGUGUUUCGGAUCAUAGAUCUUCAUGUCUUGUCAAAAUCGAGGAUGAACGAAAGCUUCCAAGGGAAUUUGUAGUUGAUCUAGUUGGGGAACCAGGAAAUGUCCAUGGUCCGGACUCCUCAAUCAAUGGUGGUGUAUUUUCUUCAGUGCCUUCACCAUUUCAGAUAUCACAUCUCAAAGAAUUUCAACAAUCUGAGCUGUCUAAUGAAGUAGAUCUUCAACUAAUGAACUCAAAGUACACUUGUGGUGCUGAAAAUCCUUUGUUUUCAGGAAGGGGAAAAGAAAUCUAUCAAGUGAAGGAUAUUUACUUGCCUGGAAAUUUAAAAGACAAUUUGUGCAGACAAGAUGUUCUUGGUGUUGCUUCCACAGGGAUAUCUGGACAUGGUUGUUCUAGACCAAAUGGUGACAAAAUUAUUGUCAAACAUAAUAAUGACAAUGUUGUAACUUCAAAUGCAAUUGUCUCUCACACAGACAGACAACCUCCUAGAGUUACCUGCUAUGAGGAACAAGAUCUUAUGAAGGUUAAGAAUGGACUUACGGAUCAUCAUGCAGCUACAGUCAUUCCAAGAUACUUGAAUCUCGAGCCUUCUCUUGCAAUGGAUUGGCUUGAGAUCUCAUGGGAUGAAUUGCGCAUUAACGAGCGUGUUGGUGCUGGUUCAUUUGGGACAGUGCAUCGAGGUGAAUGGCAUGGAUCCGAUGUUGCAGUUAAGGUUCUUACAAUCCAGGAUUUUCAUGAUGAUCAGUUUAAAGAGUUCUUUAGGGAGGUUGCUAUUAUGAAACGCAUUCGACAUCCGAAUAUAGUUCUCUUCAUGGGCGCUGUUACAAAACGUCCGCAUCUAUCUAUUGUAACAGAGUAUCUGCCAAGAGGUAGUCUAUACAGACUGAUACACAAACCAGCUGCUGGGGAAAUCUUAGAUCCAAGGCGGCGGUUACGCAUGGCUCUGGAUGUGGCUAAGGCUAUCAAUUAUCUUCAUCUUCUUACCCCACCCAUUGUUCACUGGGACCUCAAAUCACCAAAUCUGUUGGUUGAUAAAAAUUGGAAUGUAAAGGUCUGUGAUUUUGGUUUGUCAAGGUUCAAAGCAAACAAGUUCAUUUCAUCGAAGUCUAUUGCUGGAACGCCCGAAUGGAUGGCCCCUGAAUUUCUUCGUGGAGAGCCAUCUAAUGAGAAGUCUGAUGUAUACAGUUUUGGGGUGAUUUUAUGGGAGCUUGUGACCAUGCAACAGCCUUGGAGUGGACUUAGCCCGGCACAGGUGGUUGGAGCAGUUGCCUUUCAGAAUAGAAGGCUUGCAGUCCCUCCGAACACGUCUCCAAUACUGACAUCCCUGAUGGAGUCUUGCUGGGCCGAUGAUCCUUCAAGACGCCCGACUUUUUCUAAUAUAAUGGAGACAUUGAAGAAGUUGCUCAAGUCCCCAUUGCAAUUAAUACAAAUGGGAGGGCCAUGAAACACCAUAUCAGGUAGGCUGAGAAUGGUACUUUUAUACUAUUUCUCUCUAUGUUUUGGAGAGUCAAAUAUAGAGUUGUCAAAUCAACUUUAUUUGGUUAAUAAGCUUUUUGUUGCCAAAAAUAAUAUAAAAAUUAAAUCGAUAUUUAAUAUUUGCGCAUAACGUUGGAGUCGAAGGUUCAAACAAGUGUCUGCAGCUUCUUGUUUGAUUUCAAAAACAAUUUAUUGUAAUCGAUAUUGGUUAAGGAUGUUUUACGAUUUAAGAUGCCAUUUGCUAAGUUACUAUA